AAAAAAAAUAAAUAAAAAUAUCAGAGACUAACUGCCCCCACCUUUUCUGUAACAUACAUUAAUUCAGAAGAGGGUGAUUAGACAUUUGCAGCUAAGAUGAUAAAUCUCUCCCUCUCCCAACCCUCUAAAGAAAAGUAGAAAAGUGAGAGAGAUUGAAAGAAAUAGGAGGGAAAAAAUACCUCAGCUCAAAUCACACCCACUUGAUUGUGACCCCUCCCAUCACCUUUUAAGCUCAUUCCUCUUCUCCUCAUUCUGCCUCUCCUUCCCCACUUCUCUUCUUCAUUCACUCAGCCUUCUCUCCAUUCUUCCCCUCAACUUGUUUCAUAAUAAAGUUUCAGAACAAUUUCUAUAGUCCAAUUGGCAUUGAAAGGCAUGGGAAGGCACUCCUGCUGCCAUAAGCAGAAGCUAAGGAAAGGCUUGUGGUCUCCUGAAGAAGAUGAGAAGCUUCUUAAGCACAUCACUAAGCAUGGACAUGGCUGUUGGAGCUCUGUCCCCAAGCUAGCAGGUCUGCAGAGAUGUGGAAAGAGCUGCAGGCUUAGGUGGAUAAACUACCUGAGACCUGAUCUCAAAAGAGGCACAUUUUCACAGCAAGAGGAGAACCUCAUCAUUGAACUCCAUGCAGUUCUUGGAAACAGAUGGUCUCAGAUUGCAGCGCAGUUACCUGGGAGAACAGACAAUGAGAUCAAGAACUUAUGGAACUCCUGCAUCAAGAAGAAGCUGAGGCAGAGAGGCAUUGACCCCAGCACACACAAGUCUCUCUCAGAGGCUGAAAAUCCUGAAGAGAAUAAGGUUUCUACAAGCAGUGAAAGGAAUUCUAUAUUGUACACCGGUGAUAGCCUUAAGCACACAGUGCCUCAACCUGCUCCAUCUCUGAUGCAAUCAGUUGACAAAAAUUCCAUUGCAGCUAAAGAGUUCUUCAUUGAUAACUCGACCACCUGCCUUCGAUCUUCAUCAAAUUCCAUGGCUUGCUUCACUGUCCCUCAGCUUAACUAUGGUAGUUCCACAUCUAGCUUACCAUCGAACCCAAAUCCUUUUCUCUGUUUUAACCAGAACUGCAGGGUGUUCGAUAUGAAUCCAGAAUUGAGCUGCACUUCAAUAUCAACAAUAGGGCCAUCAAUUUCGAGUUCAAUUCUCUCAAAUUCAAUUGACUUUAAGUCUUCUGUUGAUCUGUCUUCCAGCUGCCUUCCUCCAUCCUAUACUGGUGCUCCAGUUUUCCCAUAUUUGGAAGUUGUUAAUCCAAGCAGAUGCAGCAGUGGAAGCAGCAGCAGCAGUUCCUUCUUUGACAGUGGCUUGCUGUCAUGGCCAGAUUUGACAGCAGAGAAAGAAACUCAAAUCCAUUUACAAGGUGACCCUGAGGACCUCAAAUGGUCAGAGUACCUUCAGGGAAAUUUCCCAGUUUCUUCAGUUCUCCAUAGCCAAAACCAGCCAUUAUAUGGCAGCGAAGCAAACUCAGAAAGCCAUUUCGGCAUCGAAGGGCUGGGCCUUUGGCAUCAGAACCCGCAACCACAGCAUCAGCAACAUCACCAGCAGCCACAGCAGCAGGCUUCAGAUUUAUAUGGUAAGGAAUAUCAGAGGAUUUCUACAUUGUUUGGUCAGAUAUAGCCGUUUCAAAGAUAACCAUGAUUAUAUAGAGUUGGAGAAAGAAAGAUACAAAAGUAAAAACUUUUUCAACAGAAUUUUCAAUUUGCAAAGGCAGGAAGGAGUACAUGAGUAUAAGAGAAUAAGAAGGCUGGUUUCUGUUCUGAUUCUUCAAUCAUUGAAUGUGUGUGUACCAUAUGAUUUUUCUCAUGUAUAUAGGCCUUAUGAUACUGAAAAGAACUCCUCUUAUCUA